AUUCAUAAGCAACGUGAACUGCCCGAAGUUAGCUGGGUGCGGAGGAUCUGAGGUCUGUGAAUUCAGACCCACGCGUCAGCGCCGGCGCCCUACGUCUGGGAUCCUCGUCCAUCGAGAGCUGUCAGCUGGUUGGCGCGAGCGAGGAGACAGGAAGACAGCGGACCGGCGAUUGGUGGGGCGGAGCGGCGCCGGCGCGAGAAGCGAUGGAGGCGGCGGGGAAGGCGAGGGUGGUGGUGGUCGGCGGCGGCGCCGCCGGCUCCCUCCUCGCCAAGACGAUGCAGGGCCAGGCCGACGUCGUCCUCCUCGAUCCGAAAGAGUACCUGGAGAUCCCCUGGGCUGAACUGAGAUCGAUGGUUGAACCAUCUUCUGCUGAGAGAUCUUUGAUCUAUCACAAAGACUACCUCACCGAUGCAACUAUUGUGACAUCUUCUGCAGUCAAUAUCACUGAACAUGCUGUUCUGACUGCUGACGGCCAAUCUCUUGCAUAUGAUUAUCUCAUCAUAGCGACUGGACAUGCUUUGACUUCUCCUGGCAGCAGAGCUGAGAGGAUAAAAGAAUUCCAAAGAGAUAAUGGCAAGAUAGAAUCAUCAGAAUCUGUGUUGAUAAUUGGGGGUGGUCCAACUGGUGUUGAACUUGCUGGAGAGAUCGCGGUAGACUACCCGGAGAAGAAGGUGACCCUUAUCCAUAGAGGACCACGAUUACUUGAAUUCAUUGGAAAUAAGGCUUCCAAAAAGUGUCUUGAUUGGCUGGCUUCAAAGAAAGUAGAUGUGCUUCUGCAGCAAUCAAUUGACUUAGGUUCAUUAUCAGACACAGAAAAGUUGUACAAAACCUCAGGUGGAGAAACAAUAACAGCUGAUUGCCACUUUGUAUGUAUCGGUAAGCCACUUAGUUCGUCAUGGCUACACGAUACCAUCCUAAACGAAUCUUUGGACAGCAAGGGGAGAGUAAUGGUGGAAAAGGAUCUAAGGGUGAAAGGUCAUAACAACAUUUUUGCAAUUGGUGACAUCACUGAUAUUCCUGAAAUUAAACAAGGGUACCUCGCCCAGAAGCAUGCAUUGCUAGUGGCAAAGAACCUGAAUUUACUGAUCAAGGGUUCACCUAACAGCAAAUUGGCAACUUAUAACACCGGUUAUCCAUUGGCACUUGUCUCUCUUGGAAGGAACGAAGGGUUGGCUCAGUUGCCGUUCCUGACACUCAGUGGUUGUCUACCAGGCAUGAUCAAAUCCAGAGAUCUAUUUAUCAGUAAGACGAGGAAGCAGAUGGGCCUAAAUUCCUGACUUCAGUACAUGGAAGCAUGAAACUGCCUGUGCCCUGGUUUUCAAACAAAGAACUUGUGUUGUGCUCAUAUGUCAUGUAUUUGUGCAAGUUAACAAUGAUGGUGGAUGCCUUAAUGGCGAUGAACAACAAAGUAUAUGUACAUGUAUGUAUACAAGGGCCUCUUCGGUCCAAUGUAAUGGUGUGAUUAUCAAUCGGUGCAUUUGUUUGUUGGCAAAUAAACCAUCUUUGCUUGUUGGUAAUCAUAGCCUCCUCAAUGUCA